CUUGCUUGUUCUCUUGCUGGAAAGGUCGGAUCUUUCGGCAUCUUCGAUUGCCGAUGCGUUCCUGAGGAGACUAGAGGGGAUCUGCCGGGUAGUCGGGUGUUUUUCGCCGGGGGAAUUGAAAAGCUGAGAUCUUUUCUCCCGGUGGUUGCCUCGCUGGGAAGCCUAGUGGCGGCCAUUUAACCAAAGAAAAGAGGGGACGAGGCUUGUGUCCUUUCUUCUCUUCCCUUCUCUCCUCUGCUUCUCCUUUUUCUACUGCCAGGGAGCAAGCAGGUUGGAGGGGCUGGCUCUGGGCUCCUAUUUGAACUGCCUUUGCUCGAUUCUGAUCUACCGGACCGGGGGACCGCCGCUUCUUCGCUUCUCUGCCGGCUUUUCGAUCUCUCCUUUCCUUGCCCUUCUUUGGAGCUGCAGGGAUCCUGAUCAUGGGGGUGAAGAUGUCGGGCGCUGCUCUGGUCGCGAUUGCGGCUUCCAUCGGCAAUCUGCUGCAGGGGUGGGACAAUGCCACCAUUGCAGGUGCUGUCUUAUACAUAAAGAAGGAAUUCAAACUAGAAAAUGAUCCGACUCUCGAGGGUUUGAUCGUGGCCAUGUCACUCAUUGGCGCAACCAUCAUCACCACAUUCUCUGGGCCAGUAUCAGACUGGGUUGGCCGGCGCCCUAUGCUGAUUCUCUCUUCAAUUCUGUACUUCUUCAGUGGCCUGAUCAUGCUAUGGUCCCCAAAUGUCUACGUUCUGCUUCUCGCACGUCUUGUAGAUGGAUUCGGUAUCGGCUUGGCUGUCACGCUUGUACCUCUGUACAUUUCGGAAACAGCUCCUUCGGAGAUCAGGGGACAGCUGAAUACGCUGCCACAGUUCAGCGGGUCAGGAGGAAUGUUCUUGUCAUACUGCAUGGUCUUCGGGAUGUCACUGUUGCCAUUACCUGAUUGGAGAAUUAUGCUUGGGGUUCUCUCAGUUCCUUCAUUGGUUUUCUUCGGAUUGACUGUAUUUUAUCUCCCAGAAUCGCCAAGAUGGCUUGUCAGCAAGGGGCGAAUGGCAGAGGCAAAGAAGGUGUUGCAAAGAUUACGUGGAAGGGAAGAUGUCUCAGGAGAAAUGGCUCUUCUUGUUGAAGGUUUAGAGGUUGGAGGAGACACCUCCAUUGAAGAGUAUAUCAUUGGCCCAGCUAGCGACCAAGCUGAUGAUCAUGUUGUUGAUGGCGAUAAUGAUCAAAUAACACUAUAUGGACCCGAAGAGGGCCAAUCAUGGAUUGCUCGACCUUCCAAGGGACCAAGCAUGCUGGGAAGUGUACUUUCUCUCGCAUCUCGUCAUGGAAGCAUGGUGAACCAGAGUGUGCCCCUUAUGGAUCCUCUAGUAACACUUUUCGGGAGUGUUCAUGAGAACAUGCCUCAAGCUGGCGGAAGCAUGCGAAGCACAUUGUUUCCUAACUUUGGCAGUAUGCUCAGUGUGACAGAUCAACAUCCAAAAACUGAGCACUGGGAUGAGGAGAACGUUCACCGGGACGACGAGGAAUAUGCAUCUGAUGGUGCUGGAGGCGACUAUGAAGACAACAUCCAUAGUCCGCUGCUUUCCACUACAAACAUUGAUGGGAAGGACAUUGCACACCAUGAUCACCACGGAAGCACUUUGGGUAUGAGAAGACGAAGCCUCUUGGAAGAGGGAGGUGAGGCAGCCAGCAGCACUGGUAUUGGUGGGGGGUGGCAGCUUGCAUGGAAAUGGUCAGAGCGACAAGGUGAGGAUGGUAAGAAGGAAGGAGGCUUCAAAAGGAUCUACUUGCACCAAGAGGGAGUGCCUGACUCAAGAAAGGGCUCUGUUGUUUCACUUCCUGGUGGGGGUGAUGCCACUGAAGGCAGUGGGUUCAUACAUGCUGCUGCUUUGGUUAGCCACUCAGCUCUAUACUCCAAGGAUCUUAUGGAAGAGCGUAUGGCAGCCGGUCCAGCCAUGAUGCGCUCAUCAGAUGCAGCUCCCAAAGGUCCAAGCUGGAAAGAUCUGUUUGAACCUGGUGUGAGGCGUGCACUGUUCGUCGGUGUUGGAAUUCAGAUGCUUCAACAGUUUGCUGGAAUAAACGGUGUUCUCUACUAUACUCCACAAAUUCUUGAGCAAGCCGGUGUGGCGGUUCUUCUCUCGAAUCUUGGCCUCAGUUCAGCAUCAGCAUCCAUCUUGAUCAGUUCUCUCACGACUUUACUGAUGCUCCCUAGUAUUGGUUUAGCCAUGAGACUUAUGGAUAUAUCUGGAAGAAGGUUUCUGCUACUGGGCACAAUUCCUAUCUUGAUAGCAUCUUUAGUUGUCCUGGUUGUGUCCAAUGUUAUCAACUUGAGUACCGUGCCCCACGCUGUGCUCUCCACCGUUAGCGUCAUUGUCUACUUCUGCUGCUUCGUCAUGGGCUUCGGUCCAAUCCCGAACAUUUUAUGUGCAGAGAUUUUCCCCACGAGGGUCCGUGGCCUCUGCAUCGCUAUCUGCGCCCUAACAUUCUGGAUCGGGGACAUUAUUGUUACCUACAGUCUUCCUGUGAUGCUGAAUGCUAUUGGUCUAGCAGGUGUCUUCGGUAUAUAUGCAGUUGUUUGCUGCAUUGCCUUUGUGUUUGUCUACCUCAAAGUCCCAGAGACAAAGGGCAUGCCCCUCGAGGUCAUCACAGAGUUCUUUGCAGUAGGGGCAAAGCAAGCGAUGACCAACAAGGCCUAGUUCCUUCUGGAGCUUUUCUUUCAAUUUGUACACUGCAAAUUGCAAAUCAAAGGAUCCCUCACGAAGAUCGGAAAACUUUCGAGUUGCAAAUGAGAGGGAAGAAGAUAUCUUUUCGCGCUCCUUAUGCAACACAAAGAAUCAUCACCGGGAAAGGGAAGCUGCAAAGUAGGGAAAUCUCAUGUCAUUCAUCGCCACAUCUUGUUUAUUAGUACUGUAUUGAUCAUUAGUUGCUGGUAGGAAUGUUCAACUUCUAAUCUGGUUCUGAACUACUGUGCUGAUGUCCUAAAUAAAGAAUCGUGUUUUUUUGUCAACUUCCAAGCUUUUGCACUUUGUGCAUUGUAUUGUACAAUAUUGUACUGGUUUUGUGCAAAGGAAGAAUUUUGUUAUUUGUUACCUCA